AUGACCUCAUGGUGCUGUGGAAACAGGAACACCCUGCUCCGUGACGGCAAGCGUGAGAGCAUCGUGAGCACCCUCUUCAUCUCCCCCGGAGACGUGGAGAACGGGCAGAGCAUCGUGUGCCGGGCCACCAACAAAGCUGUCCCUGGAGGGAAGGAGACCUCGGUCACCAUCGAUGUCCAGCACCCGCCGCUCGUCAACCUGUCCGUGGAGCCACAGCCGGUGCUGGAAGACAACGUCGUCACCUUCCACUGCUCUGCCAAGGCCAACCCGGCGGUCACCCAGUACAGGUGGGCCAAGCGGGGCCAGAUCAUCAAGGAGGCGUCGGGAGAAGUGUAUCGGACGGCGGUGGAUUACACGUACUUCUCCGAGCCUGUCUCCUGCGAGGUGACCAACGCCCUGGGCAGCACCAACAUCAGCCGCACCGUGGACGUCUACUUCGGGCCCCGGAUGACAGCGGAGCCCCAGUCUCUGCUCGUGGACCUGGGCUCAGACGCCGUCUUCAGCUGUUCCUGGACCGGAAACCCGUCCCUGACCAUCGUCUGGAUGAAACGGGGCUCCGGCGUGGUCCUGAGCAAUGAAAAGACCCUGACCCUCAAAGCCGUCCGCCAGGAGGAUGCUGGGAAGUACGUGUGCCGAGCGGUGGUGCCUCGGGUGGGGGCCGGGGAGCGAGAGGUGACCCUGACUGUCAAUGGACCCCCCAUCAUCUCCAGCACCCAGACCCAGCACGCCCUCCACGGCGAGAAGGGCCAGAUCAAGUGCUUCAUCCGGAGCACACCACCGCCCGACCGCAUAGCGUGGUCGUGGAAGGAGAACGUGCUGGAGUCGGGGACGUCGGGACGCUACACGGUGGAGACGGUCAGCACAGAGGAGGGCGUCAUCUCCACCCUGACCAUCAGCAACAUCGUGCGGGCCGACUUCCAGACCAUCUACAACUGCACCGCCUGGAACAGCUUCGGCUCCGACACCGAGAUCAUCCGGCUGAAGGAGCAAGGUUCGGAAAUGAAGUCGGGAGCCGGGCUGGAAGCAGAGUCUGUGCCGAUGGCCGUCAUCAUUGGGGUGGCCGUGGGUGCCGGUGUGGCCUUCCUCGUCCUCAUGGCAACCAUUGUGGCCUUCUGCUGCGCCCGCUCCCAGAGAAAUCUCAAAGGUGUUGUGUCAGCCAAGAAUGAUAUCCGCGUGGAGAUUGUCCACAAGGAGCCUGCCUCUGGCCGGGAGGCGGAGGAGCACCCCACCAUCAAGCAGCUGAUGAUGGACCGGGGUGAAUUCCAACAAGACUCAGUCCUCAAGCAGCUGGAGGUCCUCAAAGAAGAGGAGAAGGAGUUUCAGAACCUGAAGGACCCCACCAAUGGCUACUACAGUGUCAACACCUUCAAGGAGCACCAUUCAACCCCUACCAUCUCGCUGUCCAGCUGUCAGCCAGACCUGCGCCCUGCAGGCAAGCAGCGGGUGCCCACGGGCAUGUCCUUCACCAACAUCUACAGCACCCUGAGCGGCCAGGGCCGUCUCUAUGACUACGGCCAGAGGUUCGUGCUGGGCAUGGGCAGCUCAUCCAUUGAGCUCUGUGAGCGAGAGUUCCAGAGGGGCUCCCUCAGCGACAGCAGCUCCUUCCUGGACACGCAGUGUGACAGCAGCGUCAGCAGCAGUGGCAAGCAGGACGGCUACGUGCAGUUCGACAAGGCCAGCAAGGCCUCUGCCUCCUCUUCCCACCACUCCCAGUCCUCUUCCCAGAACUCCGACCCCAGCCGACCCCUGCAGCGGCGGAUGCAGACUCACGUCUGAGGAUUCCCCACCGCCGGCAGGGGGGCGGGGGACUGGGGCCACCACACGUCCUGGCUCUCCAGACAACGUGGGUACUUUGCAGAGGACCCCAGGACCGGCAGCCUCCAGGACAGCCCGAGAGUGCCUCUGCUACUGCCCUGCUCCAAAGCCCCCCCCCCCGCCCCCGAUCAAGCACAAAUCUGGGUCCCCAUCUGCAGUUGGCCAGAGGUGCAGGGUGAGGAAGUGUCUGAGGACGCAGCAGAGUGAGCUGUGCUCCACGCUGAACACUUGGGUCCCCAGCCCUUUCCUAGAGGUCCCUCCCUCCCUGCUCCUUCCGGAGGCACUAGAGGCAGCUCUAACUUUGCUUUAAUGAAACUGCCGAUCACUCUCCAGUCUCCAUGUGAGCUCUGCCCCUGGCUGCCCAAAAGCUCCACCCCCGCACCUGGGCGCCCCCUGCCACUCUAGGGAGAAGAGGUGAAGCGCUUCCCUGACACUGAGCUGCCCCAGAGACCCCAGCGCCCUCUGCUGCUCAGAGCCAGAAACACCCCCCAACACUGAGCUGCCCCCAGAGACCCCAGUGCCCUCUGCUGCUCAGAACUGGAAAUGGCCCUGGACACAGGACCAUCUCUCACCACACCAGCUGGGACCCCACCCCCAAAUUGUUUGGUGUUUUGUGUCCAUACUUUUGCAGUUCUACCUUGGACUGAUGCCUCUGAACUCUGGGGCAGAACUGGCCCAGUCAGUGACUGGUGUCCUGGGACAGGGAGGGAGGGGAGGAGGGAAAGUGCGAGCGCUGGGGGGUAGGGGGGACAUCUGACCUGACACACCCCGCCCCCAGCCAGGCUGUGAGCCCCGGAGCCUUCCCGCCCAACCCUGCUUUGCAUACUCCCCUCUCCCCUACAGCACAUCAGAGUUAACAUAAGGAGCGUGAGAGCUUCUCUGGUCGUUGGGGGGAGGGUUUCCUGGCACACACAGGUUGGAGGGGACCAGACACCAGUUCUUUAGGGUGACGAGACUCGCACUUUCAGCUGGUGACUCACCAGGAGCCUGGACUCACAUCAGGAACGGUGGCCCUGUCUUCCUUAAGACGCCACUACAAGAGAGACAGUACAUCGACACCUUAUCCCUCCGACUCCCCACAGGAGAAUAAA